AUGUCUGAAAUUGAUUCAGCAAACCUGGUCGUACAGGUGAAAGGUCUUCUAGAUGAGGUCACCGCUUUGAAAGCCGAAUCCGAGGUCAGAAAGCUACACCACAAGUAUGGGUACUACUUAGACAAGUGCCUUUACAAAGAGGUGAGUGAGCUCUUCGCCGACCAUCCCGACACCUACGUCCAGUUUUUGAACGGCCGCUUCACCGGAAAAGAAGGAGUCCAGCGCCUUUAUAUGGAGCGGUUUGGUGGUCGUUUCGUUGCUGGUCGCAAUGGCCCAAUUGACGGCUGGCUGCUUGAUCACCUUAUGGCACAAGAUAUUGUCACCUAUGAUGCAUCAACAGGUCGAGCAAAGGCCCGAAUUCGCGCCUUCAUGUGUGCUGGAACCCAUGAAUCGAUGCCUGCCGAAUUUCCAGGGGGUCACAGACAAUGGUUCGAGGGUGGUCUAUACGAAAAUGAAUACUGUAUUCAAGAUGGGGUGUGGAAGAUCCUUCGUCUGCGAUACUAUCCAUUCUGGCAUGGGACUGUGGAGACGGGCUGGAAAAACGCGACCAACUAUGUUCCUUUGUACAAGGAGACUUUCCCGGUGGAUCCGUUAGGUCCAAAUGAGGUGAUUUCUGACGAGGCACUUUGGCCUGAUACGAGAGUGAUUCCUUUCCACUACAAACAUCCUGUCACUGGUCGGGAUGUGGCGGAAGUGGACAUGCAGGCCCCAAAGUGGAUGGAAGACCCAAGCACUGCUAAACCUGCAAGAAUUUUGACAGAUUAG